CGGCCAGUUCCAACUUCACACAACGCCUUUCAACAAAGUUAUCAACAUGCCUGAAACAGCAGUGAAAGCCUCAAAGAAGGGCUCCAAGAAAGCCGUGGCCAAGGUCAACAAGACCGGCAGCAAGAAGAGAAGGAAGAGCAGGAGGGAGAGCUACUCCAUCUACGUGUACAAGGUGUUGAAGCAGGUCCACCCCGACACUGGCAUUUCUUCCAAGGCCAUGAGCAUCAUGAACUCGUUCGUUACCGACAUCUUCGAGCGCAUCGCCGGCGAGGCUUCCCGCCUGGCGCUUUACAACAAGCGCUCCACCAUCACCUCCAGGGAGAUCCAGACCGCCGUCCGCCUGCUUCUUCCCGGUGAGCUGGCCAAGCACGCCGUGUCCGAGGGCACCAAGGCUGUCACCAAGUACACCAGCUCCAAGUGAAGUGCUAUUCUUCAAUCUCUGCAAAAGGCCCUUUUAAGGGCCACCACAAACUUCUCAAGACUUCAUAUCCAUUAGCUUCAACAUUACUUAAUUGCCUCCCCAGAGAUUGAAGUGUCAGUUUAUUAUUUUGCGAAGUGAGAACAAUAAACGUGUAUGCAGUUGCAUAAAUCGCUUUGAAAAAGGCAACCUUUAGAAUUUUAUGUAGUGUGACAGUAUGCAAGUAUGUCCUUAU